AUGACUUCCGCUGAAUCAUGGAAGGUAGUAAUAGGGCCAACUCAAUUUCCAAAUAUCAUCGAUCAUUUGUUUUUAUGGAUUUUUAUUCCAUUACAUUUUAUUCCUUACCCCGUUAGAGCACUUCAAUUCAUCAUUAAAUAUCAUAUCGGCAAAGCAUAUGCCGAUAAAGAAGAAGUUGAAGAUAAUCAAACUGAUGGAACGUAUUCCAAGCAUUGGAUUAACGUUUCAAAGCAUAAAUUUUUCCUUACAGACUAUGCCUUCCUAUUCUACUCAUUAUUGCUUCUCAUGGGUCCAUUUAUUCUCGGAAUGUACAGAUUAAUUAAAUAUCAAGAAAACCAGCCAGGCCAUUAUGGUAAUGGCAUUCAAAAGUCUACAUAUAUAUUUUCUGCCAUCCUUGUUGCCUUUAUUUCCAUUUUUCUUUGGGUUUGUGUUUAUUUCCUCCGAAACGUUCAUGAUGAAAUCGCUAUUAAUACAGAACUUAAACUAAUCGGUAUAGCAUGGAUAAUAGCCGUUCCUUUCUACGUAGCUUUUGGCAUAGCUAAUAUUGAAAAGCCAGAUGUGAUUCCUCCAGAAAGCCCACCUAUCUGCUGCAUCAUUCUUUGCAUGGUGUCAUUCAUGAUAUCAUUUUCUUUGCCCGUAAGUCUUGCAACUUGGAAAAAUCCGGAUUUCAAGUUGACAAUUCCGGAAUUCAGAUCAGUUGAUAACGUUCUUGAAGACCCUAACGCUUAUAAAAUGCUAAGAAAGUUCAUGCAAUCGAAUACAUGCGUCGAAGGACUACUUUUCUUAAGAGAUACGAUGAAAUACAAAAGUGAAACAGAUCCGGACAAAUUACAUGACAUGGCCCAUAGAAUUUACGAAAAAUAUAUUUUUGAAGAGGCUCCGAUGGAAAUUAACAUUGGUGCGCUGAUUAGAACUGAAUGUCUCAAGCAUAUCAAUGAAAUUUCUCCAAAUGUAUUUGAUAGAGCUAUACAAGAGAUCAAAAAGCUUAUUAAUCAGGACCAAUUGCCUAGAUUCAUGCAAUCUUCUGAAAUGAUGCAAUAUAUUAAGAAUUACAAGGUUAGUGUAAUCCCAGAAUCAAUGGUAUAA